AUGCACUUUGCUGGCUGGCUGCAUCGUGAAAUCAAAAGUGAGAGUAUUGUAUGCUUCCAUGCUGAGGGUCAGGCGAACAUUGAGGAGCCCUUUUUGAGCGGCUUCACGCUCUCCCGACCAGAAAACCCACGUGAAGUCUCCGAGUACGACGUCAGCACCACCUCCAAUCUUUAUAGGCAUCCUGAUUAUCAGAUGCCGAAGCCAGCACAAAAGUUCCAUCGCUCUUACGAUGUGUAUAGUCUUGGUAUGAUCCUCAUCGAAAUAGGACUCUGGAAACAAAUUCGCACUGUUUGGAAGCCAGGCAUGGACGCCAAGUCGUUCCACGAACACGUCUAUUCGCGAAUGUCUAAGUCUUCAACCGCAUCUUAG